CCUCCUCCAGCAUCGCUCGUCGCAAGCCGCAGUGAGAGGCCGACCUGCCAGACCGCCCGCGCCUUAACCCACGACGUUCAUCGCUUUGCUGUCUGUGCGGCGGGACGUGGGAGGAGACGGAGUGAGGAUUCGACGCCGAUUGGUGGUGGGAGUGGGAGUGAGGAGGAUUUGGAGAUUUGAAGAUGAACAUCGGGCACCACGAGUACCGCUACGAGGACUACAAGGUGACGGCCGACUGGCUGCUCUCGAAAACCAAACACCGGCCAAAGGUGGGGAUGGUGCUGGGCUCGGGCCUGGGCGGUCUUGCAGACAUGCUGGAGGACCAGCAGUCCUUCCCCUACUCCGACAUCCCCAACUUCCCGCAAAGCACGGUGGAGGGGCACGUGGGACGCCUCGUGUUCGGCAAGCUCAGCGGGAAGACGUGCGUGUGCAUGCAGGGGCGCUUCCACGCCUACGAGGGAUAUUCCAUGAGCAAGGUGACGUUCCCCAUCCGCGUGUUCAAGCUGCUCGGCGUGGACACCGUGGUCGUCACCAACGCGGCCGGUGGCCUCAACAAGGAAUUUAAAGUGGGCGACAUCAUGAUCAUUCGCGACCACAUCAACCUGCCGGGCCUGGCCGGCAACAACCCCCUGCUGGGACCCAACAUCGAGAAGUUUGGGCCUCGGUUCCCGAGCGUCUCCGACGCGUACGACCGCUCGUUGUGCGCGCUGACGAAGAAGGUGGGUACCACGCUGGGCUUCGGCGAGUUCCUGCGCGAGGGCGUCUACGUGAUGAAUACCGGCCCGGCCUUCGAGUCCAUCGCCGAGUGCCGCAUGAUGAUCACCCUGGGCGCCGACGCCGUUGGCAUGAGCACGGUGCCCGAGGUGCUGAUCGCGAAGCACUGUGGCCUCCGCGUGCUCGGCAUCUCGCUCAUCACCAACGAGGCCGUCUUGGACUACGAGACCGAGAAGACAGCCAACCACGCCGAGGUGCUGGAGACGGGCCGCAUGCGCGCUGACGCGCUGCAGAAGCUCGUCGCCGAGGUGCUGAGCAACGUGUAGCAUCAGGAGCCCGGCCGGUGACAGAGCUCCUGUCGUCUGCGGCGAUGCGGGGGGGGGACGAGUGUCACGGAUCCUAUUGUCCGCAAAUUUUAUGUUCUGUAAAUUAUCGCACGUAAAUGUGGGUGUCGGGGGCAGCCAAUAAUAGGAGUUCUCAUGGACCCUAUAGGUGACAGAAGUCGUGGGUAAGAGGAAUCCUACUUAAGUAAACAAGUUUGUUGAUAUUUCAACAAAAAAUAUUUGGAUUGAUCACUUAACAAGCGAUUACAUGUGAUGAGUACGAUGCCUAGUCACCGAGUAGUCUAAAAUUGCACGAGCACUUUUUACAAAAUUGCAGGUAAACUUCCAAUGGAAAUUUGGAUAAAAAAAAAUCACUGCCGAGUAGGUGAUGUAAGCCAGCACAACGUGUACACUCCCAGAGAAUGGUUAAAUUACCGAAUAUGUGCAGCAUAUACCCCUGGCUCCAAGGGUGAAAAUUCCGCUCGGUGCCCUCAGUGCGAGGCCCCAAUCAAUCUGGGUGGCGCAGGGUGGCAGGGCAGUGGCAACACUCGUCGCACCUCGCAGAAACAAGUGUCCGGGUUCAAUUCCCAACUCGGCCGUCUAUCUGUGUUGGCGUUUGUAUGUCCUCCCCCUGUUCUGCAUGGGUCUCCUCCAGGUUCUCCAGUUUCUUUCCAUGACUGAAACCCACAAGCGAUGUAACUGGUAUUGGCCAACAUCCCCAUUACUGAUAUAUGACCUCCAAAUGACUCGAUUCGGAAUGGCACACGGCAUCAACAUAGCUCCUUUAAUGAGAAACUUGGACAAGAACCUUCUGAAGAAGUGUCUUGAGCCUUGGCGACGCUUUCCUGGGUGAACAAGCAUCAUGAUAAUUGGAAAAAUCACUCCACGCCGCAUUAGUGUGGCAUCUCCAGUCCACACUUCCAGUAGUAUGAGAGCCCACGUGACGUUUUAUGUUGUGUAGCUUCUGAUGAGCAUGUCACCAUGAUCAGCGUCUUGUGGUAAAUAUUGGGUGAAAGUUGUUACAGAACAAACAAAAAACUUGAUGUUAACAUUUUAAAAGGGUUGUAACAGCUAUCGUUAAUGCUGUCAUGAAAUUCUGUAAGGUUGUAGUCAAAGUGAAUGUAAUAUGUAACUAAUCUUUGACCGCAAACUAUAUAUUUUAAAAUGCUUCAGCUGAUGUAGUACUGAAUGAAUAUGUACAGCUUCUGAAGGUUAGAAACACCACAAAACGCUGUAUUUUGACAACUUGCAUACGGCUUGAGUUACUAAAUGGGGAUGCAGGGGAAAAUACCAGGGGGGGGCAAUGCAACAGAGAGAUUAAAUGUUCCAGAAGUAGACGGAAGCCAUCGGUUAGGGCUGGAGAGUGGUGAAUGGCUGGAGAGCUGCAAAUGGCUGGAUAUUGGAAAUCACCUUUCCGCAUUAUUUGGCCUAAAACAUCCAAUUUGAAUUUAGUUGCAUGGACUGCAAAGAUGCGGUGCCAGUUUUUGAGACAUGUAUCUAACGGGGUGUACACGAAUACAUGAUUGACAUUUUAUGAAUAUUCAUGGGAAUUAUUAAUGUCGGCUAAUGGAGUGCACAAGACUGUACAAAAAAGAUGGGACAUGAGACACAGGAUAGAAACAACGUGAAAAUAAUUGAUUCUUGGAUCGCAAGCCUGAAUCAUUGCCAUUUUAUUGAACUGUGGGAGGGAAGGUGUGGAGGGUUUUUUACGGCCUCAAUAUUCGUGUCGUGAACACACCUCGAGUAUUCGCUCGGGUACGUGACAUUCGGAACUAAUUUGAACUUUGCAUUGAAACCCAAUUAGAACACGUUUAUUGCUUUUUUAUCCGCACCAGCGCUGUGAAUGUGAGCAACUCUUGAUACUUUAAGGUGGGAAAAUGUUUUUAAGUCCGAAGAAAACGUGUCCUAAAAACAGGUUUGGACGAUCUUUAUUGGUUGAGAAAUUAAUGGUUUAUUUUUUAAAUGGUAAAGUUAUUGAUGCCACGACUACGAGAGGCAGGGUCGGUAACACCUCUGCGGAGUGCUCUCGGAUCCCGGCUGCGUCGUUGUUGUUGAUAUUGUCCGGCAAGGCGUCUUGACGUUUCGCUUCACAUGCCGGGAGCAGCCACUCCCACUUCUUCUUCACACGAAGCCAGGGAGCUAGCGUCACGCCGGACAACGUGUGCGGUAACAACCAGUAAACACAUCCGGAGAGCUGUCCAGCACGACCGCGAACACCUGCGCAGUGGGGUUAAUGACAUUUCCGCAAUCCCUCAACUUGACCCCCGGCCACGAGCCGACUCCACCCGGGUGAUCUCAGGGGCUUUCACUGCGUGUUGUGCGUGGACUCUUUCACCAAACGCUGCGGGUGUUUAUAUACACAUUUCCAUGUAGAAAGACGCUCUACCAUGUAAAGACCUGACCUGACCUGCUGGAUAAACAACACCAUUAGAUGCAGUCUGUCCUGUCACAUUAUCAUUUCCUCAGGCUAGUCACUAUCUGCUGCUGUGUUCAAACUGUACAAUAGCAAAGGUAUAUUUAAGUCAAACUUUGAUCCAAGGGUCUAUUAAAAUAGGAGUUUCAGGAUAUUACAAAAACCUAUUCGUGUACACGUGGUUUUUAAAUCUCUCGGCUUUACACGGCCGAGCCAUUUGGCAUUCCCCUCAACCACUCCUUGGUGGGUCUCAUGGUGGGUCGGUCACGAACAGCAGUGCUUCAAAACUUCCUCUAGAAAUGCCCAGUUGCGCUUGAAUUCAAAGCGGUUGUAUAUCCCACGGUAAAUAUUUCAUUUCGGUUGCGGGGAUUAGUACGGUAGAUUUUCUAAAAUAAAACAAUAUUGAUAGCAUUACAUUGCUUGGAAAUUACUAUUACAUGUAAGGCAAACAGUUGGGUCCCUGACAGUAACACUUAAUUUUAGUCGAGAUAUUGAGAAAAUCUGUGCUGCGUCUGUCACUGCUGCUACGAUUAGCACCUUUACGUUGGAUCUCAAAUAUCACAUUUUCAACUCAUUUCCUGAGAACUUUUCUGACGUGAAUUUGUUCAUAAAGAAAUGAAUACUCGGAUGUUAGCAUUUACAGAGGACCAUUUUCAAGGCGAUUUAAUUAUAAUUUCAAAACAUCCCGCAAUAAUUUUGUACAAGGCAUGAUCUCUCCGCAGGAUGUUUGUUGUUGCCAUGGGUGACCUGUCAAGGAAAUUGUGCUGCAGUGACCAGAAUAACUACACCCUUUUAUAGCCAUUCUGUAGAAACACACGGAGAAAAAAUAAAUUCAAGGACGUUUAAAUGCACCAACUGCUGUUUACUUGGGACAAGAAAUGUGGCUGAUAGUCAAGGAAGCUAAACUCAGCUUGUCUUUCAGAGCUGAAUUAUCCCAUAUCCUGUAUAAUACAUCGGUGGCAGAGGUCGCAAACGGGCUUUGAUUCCUUACCCGUACCCGUACCCGGCCGCACCAGGGUUGCAAACGGGUACCCGCACCCUACCCGAUACCCGGCUACCCGUACCCGGCCGGGUAUUGGGUAGGGUACGGGUAUCGGGUAGGGUACGGGUAUCGGGUACCCGAUUGCGACCUCUGAUCAGUGGUGGACAAACCUAUUGCAAGGGAAGUACAGAUUGGCUGUUGGCGUUUUAUUUCUGAGUGCAGUAUCAUUGGCCACAUUAAAUCACGACGGUCGAUCAUCCAGGUGAGAGUUAAUUCACUUUAAAUGUUUUACGGAACAUAACACCGGAAUAUAAAAUAUGAUUAGUGUGGCUAAAGUACUCAAAGUUAUUCUAUCGAUAUGAAUCCUGUCAUUGAUGUACCAUUCCCAAAGUGUGUUGGCCACCUUCCAUUCCAUUCCAUGUGGAGGUUCCGUUUGCUCGUCGUGACAUUCAAAUCAAAGUACGUCUUAAGACCAAGGACCAAAUGCACUUUGUGUUUCAAAUUAAUUCGUUUAUGUUAAGUAGUAGUGUUUACUUUUAAGAUGUCUCUUGUUGUGUCUUAAUUUUAUCGAUGUUAUAUUGUGGGAUCGUAAGAGAUGGUGGAGGGUUGAGGGGGGGAGGCAUUCAUCCAAAAGCAGCUUGACCAAGAUUGAUGAUGAUUAAUAUUAUUGAUGUCAAAUUACAUCUUAAGUUUAUUUUAGAAUCGUACUGUUAUUAACAUAAUUGUUUAAAAACGUAGUACUGCAUGAUUGGAAGUAUAUCAUUUGGUUCUGCUUACUUAUCUAACCCCGACACUUUUGUGAGACGCGAGAGGAUUACUCGCACAACAUCUUGGCUCCAUUGCGGUGAAGGAGGGUGCAGUCUUCGGUCCUAAAUCCCUAAAAGUAACCUUUGAAUACCCGUGAAAUAUUCAGGCAUCGAUUACAUCGGACGCUUCUAAGCCAGAGGUUCCCAACCAAAUCUCUGCGGAGCACCAUGCACCUCCACAUUUUUUUUCGAAAUUAAAAAUUGCAGCAUCCGUGACCGUGUGACCGUGUCACCGAGACCACUUCCCGCUGGCCUUGCGGACCACAGCUGGAGGAAGCGAUGAUCUCAACAUAGUGACAUCGCUGAAUUGCACCCUCCUGACUCAAGUGGAGCCACGUUGAAAGUUGACGAUCGCUCCCGAAAGUUAAUCCAAGCUGCCGUAUUGUGUUGGUUAUACUCCAGUUGCGUGUCUCGUAUUGCACACCAUUUGUGUUCAAACCAAAGUUAUCUCCUUCUGCAUUUUGUAGUUACUAAGUCCAAUUAAAGUGACUAAAAUAAA